AAGAUUUAUAACCUUAUGGAAUCUGACUUGUCACCAGAUAAAUGUCAAAAUACACCACCGGUGCCGAUAAAGACUUAUCAAUGGGAAGAUGUGCGAAGAGCUCGUGAAGCGGGAGGCUAUCCUUGGACGCACCUAUUGAAAGUGCCACUUGAAGGCGAAAUAACUGCAGAGGACAUUUUAAGAGAAACAACGCCAAGAAGAAGCAUGUCUCGGGAAUUUUCGAGAUCGAGAACUCAUUCGCCUGUCGAUAGAGACGCCCAAAGAAUACUAAACCUUGACUCCUCACCUGGAAGUAGUCGUAAAUAUGGAGAGGAAGGCGAUGAUGAAGGAGUGCACAUACCAAAUUUUUCAAAAGAAGUGUCUUUGGAUUCAGAAGAUGACGCUAUAGACCAGGCUGUUCAAGCGUAUGUUGCGAAGCGUCCGGAAAGCCAAACGAGUACCCAUUUAGCGACUCCUGUUGAAAUACCAAAAAAUGUUUCCCCGAAAAGUAUAUUGAAACGACGUGCACCAGAGCAACAAUAUAAUAUAGGUGUAACGGAGACACGAGAAAAAACAAAAUGUUGUCAUCCAUUAGUAAAUAAGAUAAAACAUUUGGCUGAUAAAACAUUACACAAAUUAGAAAGAUCAGACAAUGAAAAGUCUCCGAUAACGAAGCGUAAGAAAAAUGAAGACACUCAAGAAAUUCGGCAGCUAAAAUCUUCACCCGGAGCAGUUCGAAGGCAAAAAUUUAGUGCAAUAAAAUUGGGAGAUUCAGAUGAAAUGAGUAAAUCUAUGAGUGUUGAAACUCCUCCAAUAAGAAAGAAAAAAGAACAUAUAUACGAGGACAUAGACGAGAAAUCAGCAGAGAAAGAAAAAAUUAUUCAGUUUGCUCCAAAUACCCGGAAAGGAGAAAAUGAAGUCAAUGAAGAAAACUUUAGUCAAAAUAAACAAGACAGUGAAAGUUUAUCUGAAAAGAAAUCAAAUGCAUCCCAAGAUCCUAGCUUAGUUACAGAUGACUCUAUUCCAUUAAAUCGUGAAGAACAUGUAAUGGAAAAACUACAUAAAAAAGACAAUAUCAAUAAAGAGGCCGUUUUAUUAGAUGAUGACACGGAUGAACCAAACGUUGAUGAGAUAUUCCAAAACCAACUGGAUGAAGUGAGGCCUAAAAACGAUUCACCGAAUAUAACUAUUACAGAAAUUAUUGACGACGAUGCAGAAACUACCGAGGACUGUACUGCAGUUCCUAUUGAAACCUCCCCAACCCCUAGCCCACUAGGAAUGGAACGGAAGGACAUAAAAAACUCUAGCAGUGAUUGGUCUAAACCCAACAGUGAUCACGAAUACGAAAUUAUCGAAAAACCAUCGCCCGACAUUGUGUACCAUGCUCCAAACGUGGGUGAUAGAACAACAAUGGUCAAAACCGAUGACGAGUUAUCUAGUACUACUUCAUUAGAAAGAAAGUAUUUACAACAUGCUUCUGAUGAAGAUGAACUAAUGGACGACAAAGAAAAUCUGGAUAAUAAUAAAAAUGAUGACACUAUUAACGCAGAAGCUUUACAGAAAGAUAUUGAAGAUCGAUUCUUUGUUAGCACACCAUCUACAGUAUCCAGAACGGAAUGCGAAAUCAGUACUAGUCAAGUAGACUCAUCAGCUUUGGAAAAUUUACCGUUGAAGCGUGGAAGCCGAACCAAAAAUACAGAUAGUCACGACAGCAAACUGCAACAACGUAUAAAAGAAGGGACAGGAAAGCUAAAAACUCAGGCCGGAAAAUUGAAAACUAAAUUACAGAACAUGAAAACGUCAAUGCCUGAAAGACCUAAAUUAAGUUUUCCGGAUCGCCCGAAGUUCAAAAUGCCCGAACGACCAAAAAUUAAUUUUCCGGAAAGACCAAAGUUUUCAUUACCCGACAGAAGAAAAUUCAGCUUACCUGACAGACCAAAGUUUAAAAGAAUUAAUAUUUCAGAAAAGCUAAACAUGGGAGAUCGAAAGAAAUUUACAUUACCCGAAAGACCUAAAUUUAAUGUUCCAGAUUUACCUAAAUUCAAAAUGCCAGAGCGACCAAAAAUAAACUUUCCGAGCUUGGGGAAAAAAAAAGAAUACAAAGUCGAGACAACAGGAUCAGAGUCACCUACAGAUGUUAAAAAUGUUAGUUCAGUAGAAUUUGAAGCUAAAACAUUUCCAAGAUUAUUUGGACGGAAAAAAAAGACGGAGCUUCAAAAAACUUCAUCUUCCCCGACUCUGGAAAGAGAAGACACACCACCACCAAAUUUCACAUUUACACGGAUGAAAAAAAUUACACAAGAACCUUCGUCCUAUAUCCCAGACAGUCCUGAACAACCUCGUGAAUACGGGAACAUUGAAAAUGUAAAUAAUUACGACGAAGACUUCGGAUCAAGAAAACAGUUCGAAACUACUUACGACUUUGAUAAAAUAAACACUGAGUAUAUGAAUGAGCCACCACACUUUGGUGACAAUCUUAACGCUUCUUCUAUUCCCAAUCUAUCACCGUCUGAACAGGAAUACACGCAUGUAAUAAACGAAAUAAAUAACGACGAAUUUUUCGUCCGACCGAGAGGAAUUUCUCGCGAAAAUAUUCAAGUAAGAGAAUACUUGAGCGACGAAAUACGACAAGCAUUUAAAAUACCGAAAAACGUUCUCGCAUCUAUGGGAAACGAUUCUCAGCCUGCCGAUGAAAAUGUUUAUAUUAAUGAACCGGAAGCGGAUCCAGAGUUAACGAUGGAUUACAACGAACUGAUACGUUAUUCAAACGAAGAUCUAAAUGACCGAGAUGAUGGUUAUUAUACAUUCCCGCCAGUGCGACCAUCUCGAGGCAAGCGUAAGAAAAAGGAGCCUGAGCCCGUGGCUGAGCCUCAACGCAUCCCUUAUAUAGACGAUAGUAUGAAUGCCAGUUUGCAAUUUAGUGAAGUUGAUCUGGGAUUAAACGAAGAUCCUGAAAUAGAAAGCUAUAUAAUCGGAGAAAGUGCUCAAAUACCAGGAGAUAAUAAAUUCAGCUUUUCUCCUCCUAUUGACUCUGGUUUAAUUCAUGAGUAUGCAAAUGAUGAUAUAUUAGAAUAUCCAGAAAAUAUACCAAUCCAAUCGCAAACACUCCCAAUGCCGCCAAAGAGAAAAAGGAAAGUGGUUUCUAAGGAUCUGAGGCACUCAUCACUCAGUGACUUUAAAGACCUAGCUACAACGGAGUGGCAAGGAUCCCAGAAGCCCUUGGAAGAUAUUAUAGUAUAUCGUACCGAACACGAGUAUAUUCUACCUCAAGCAGAGACUGUAACGAUAACUGAUCAUAGCCCUGUGCCCCCGCGACGAAAUCGCUCACGCAGCUCUAGAGGGACUUCAUUAUGUGACGAUGAUAGAACUUCUCAUGGUGCUGAAUCACUCACUCUUGAUACUCAUGGUGCUCAGCAUGACGAAAUGGAUGUCGAGAGAGAAAUCCUCCGUGAAAGCCCCGGAUACGCCACCGUUGACAAAGGACCUUAUGCACCUAACAAAAAAGAGAGACGUUCUAAAAAUAAAACCCCUCCUGUUAGGCAUCGCAAAAGCCACAGUUCUGAACGAAAGUAUUACACAGUUGGAUCCACUACAACCGCAAUACCCGACCGUCCACCUAGAAAAAAAUCAUCUACAAGUUUAAUGACUCUAGAGAGUUCUACAAAGCGAUCUAUUAGUGGGGACCUUACGCAGUAUGUAGAAAUAGAUGAGCCUCAUAUUGAAGAAGUUCACAAAGAUUUGCAAUCAGGUGAAGUCGUUAGUAAAAUGAAAGAUCGUCCAUUACCUCCACCUCCACGGCCGCCAAGAGGGUCAAGAAAAUCGAAGAAAGGUAAAGACAUGUCUGACGAACCGGAACAGAAUUUUACAAUUGCAAAUGAAUCAAAAAUUGAAAUGUCAUCAAGUUACCCAGCAGAAGAAGAUAAAGAACAUGUCAUAGAAAUUGAGGUCUCGACACAAACAGAUCCUCUUCCUGAUGACGUUGACUUUGAAUUAGGCAUCGAUGAGAACCUAGAUGUUUCAGUAUCAAGUUCCUUAAGGGACAUUAUUGACGAAGACUCAAUAAUAGGCAAGAGUCACAGUAAAAUAGCAGAGAGUCCUCGUUUUUCACGCCCAACCUCUAGAUCCGAAAAAUCAUUAAAACUAUCCGAUCCAAAAAUUUCUGAAUUUUCAAAAUCGACUAUAGGAAGAACUUCUCCGACUGUGAUUUUGGUUGAGCGACGGGUAUCUAGUCCGACGAGAAUAAAUGAACGUGAUGAAAUGUUAACAGAAGCUUCCUUGACAGUUCAACAUAUUGAUGUAGAAGAGUCUCAAAUUCCAGAAGUUCCCCCACUACCAAUGUCAAGAGGUGUUUCUAGUGAUAAAAAAUCUACUAAAAAUGUAGCUCCACCUAUUGAAGAACGCGCACUUGAAAGAGUGACUGGCGUCAGUUCCACUCGAAAUGUUCAGUUAGAUAAUUUAUCUACUCAACGACUACAAGUUAAAGAUUUAGAUGUGGAUCGGCUAAACGUUGCUGAAUUACAAGCCAGCAAAAUUUUAGUUUCUGACAUUGAAGGAAUGACUUUACAAGUUUCUGAAUUGGAUUCUAAAUCAGGGCACAUUUCUGUUAGUGGGAUUGAGUUUUCCCAAACGGUUAUAGACGAAAUAGUUAAGAAGUUUGCUGAAAUUACUACUACUCAAGCAGCAACUCACAUACAUGAUGUAAUUCAACCUCAAAGACCAAUAAGUAGAGAGGAACAAACACAAACAGAAGAGUGUCAACAUCGGACCAGAGCCGAAGAAUUAAUGUCAGAGGAAAAAGAGCCGCUGCGUGCAACGUUGCAGCAGUGUGAUUUUGUUGCGCAGCAACAAACUCCGACAGUUGAAACGCAAUCUUUACAACCAUCAUCUGAAGAACAUGUCUCGCCACAACCACCCAAUGUAGAAGAAAAAAAAAACGCGCCACCACCACCACCUCCUCGCCCGUCUAUUGUUGAAGAUACUACUGCCCCACCGCAGCGACCGCCUCCUCCAGACUUAACUCCUCUCCUAUAUUCUUAUCUCCAAGAUAUCUCAUUGCCUCCUCCUUCUCUCUUUGUAAACCGAGGGCUAAGUGAACGACCAUUCACUGAAUUCCAUGAAUCUCAGCAUCAGACCCCUCCACCACCGACGCGAAGAAUUAAGAGAAAACCGGUAACACAUCACAGUGAAUCCAGUUCUGACGAGGAUAGGGCGCACCCAUCACCAAGGCGGAUGCCACCUCCAGUCAGAGGUCACGAACCGACUAUAGUUGAAGCAGGAGCGCAAUUCUUGCGGGUUUGUCAUAAUUCAGUUAGCAGAACUAUACGACAGAUGUUCAAUUCUUUAAUGUCUUAUAUCAGUGGAGCGGAAGACAAAAAAGACGUGCAAAUGGCAUUGGUAAUAUUUCUGGUGUUAAUCGCUGGAUUAAUCAUGUUCGGGCUAAGCGACGGGCGGACGGUUCACCAUCAUCACUGGGAAUUUUUCAAUCCUCCUGACAACACACAGUGACAAACAUCGAAAUGUAGGUUUUCAAGAACGUAUCCCGUUGAUUAUAGUGUAUAAGAUUUUAGUUCUAUUACCACAUUUAUUAAAUAUUAUUUAUUGAUUAUUAACGUAAGCUAAGAAGUAAUAAAUACGUAAACUUACUUCAAGUACUUUUGCAGACCGGUUAUGUACACCUAUUAUAAAUAUGAAAGCUGAUCAAUCACGUAACGUAUAUAACGCAUGUUUUCGAUUAACUACGGUUUCACUUAUAUAUUUCUUAGUAAGGUUAAAAGAACGAGAAAAGCAUUUUGUGUAAACCAGACUUUCCACUACGGUUAUGGAAAUGUUAGAAUGUUAUUUAAUUUAGUUGUUUAUUAUAAGCCAGUUUGAUUGUAAUUCAAUGACUCUUACUUUACCUUUGCAAAUGUCAGGAUUGGCGGAGCUCUGAAGCCGCUGAAGACUGCCGCGUCUUGUGUGUAAUCGAAAUUGAUUACACUCAUUGGACUUGAGUUAGAGUAUUCGUUCGAACCAGUGAUAUUUAUGUACACGGUUCGUGAGGAUAACUGAGAAUCAAAGCUCUGAGAUAGAAUAUAGAUGUGCAGGAACGUAUACAUUUACUUCUCUAUCCAAAGCGCCCAAAGUUUUGAAAUCGAUUUUGAAAUGUUUUUCAAAGAAAAUUUAUUUAAAAAAAGACUUUGAAAAACUUUUGAUUUGUAUUUCCAUUCACAAGUGUACUUUGUUUAUUGUUAUUCGCACAGUAAGUGGGAAUUAUAUGUUAGUGUGGGCUGGUUUUGCAUUUUGUAAGUUUCUCUUUUGUUGUGUAAAAUAAUAAAAUUUUG